AAUUAUGCGGCUACAACUAAACCUCUGCCUAGUCAUCUCCUGACGAACACGGGCAUGUUUGUGGCACACCCAUCAGCAGACUUAUACCGACGGAUCAAAAAGCUUCUGGAUACCUCACCGUUAAUACCAGGUUGGAAGCUGGUUGAUCAAGAUCUGAUUGGAGUUUUCUUUGGUGGAGGUGGUGUCGAGGAUCCUGCCGACUGGGGAGCGUUGAGCAAAGAAGAGUUAGGUGACCGGUGGGUUCCGCUUCCAUAUUACUAUAAUGCCCUCAAAACCUUGAGGGAUGACAAACCUUGGAAGGAGAGACCACCCAAGAGUCGUGAAGUCGAAUAUAACGAAACCCAUAGGUGGUGGUGGGAAGAAUAUGACAGAUUGGUCGACACGAUGACCAAGAAGGGAAUGGGAGAAGACCUCAAGUUGAUUGAAAGUCAUGUCGCCGCCGGAGAGUCUUGA